AUGUUCAAAGAUCUCGGUGACAUCGAGGGCGUGUCAGAUUCCCUGCGGGUCGUGGUGGAUGCAAUGCGCCUAGCAGCGGCCAAGAAAGAGGAGAAGCCAGAUGAAGCCCUUAGGCUCGCUUCUGAAGAGCUGGUCUGGUUCCGGGAGCAAAAUCAGAAGAGGGGCCAGGCCUCGAUGCUGUUAGCCAUGGCGCGGGUAAACACGAGUGGCAAACGAGGCAUCAAAGACCGUGACCAAGGUGUUCGACAAGCCAAGGAGGCGUUGAAGAUCUACCGAGAGCUCAGUGACAAGCCCAUGGAAGGUGCAGUGCUGCUAGUCCUGGGUGAGCUCUACGUAUAUGUUAAGUCCUUUCAGGAGGCGAUAGGUGCCGCCAACAAGGCUCUGGCAAUCUUCGAAGAUGCUGAGGAUUCGCGGUCGGAG